AUGACUAAGAACUGUAAUACGGCAUUGCCCCAAACAAUGACAACAAAACUAAAAGAUCCAGGUAAGUUUACCAUCUCUUGCACUAUUAGUGGGGUGGAGAUCCCACUCGCUCUAUGUGAUUUAGGGUUGAGUAUCAUUGUAAUAACCCUUAAUAAGGAAAAAGAAUUAAAUUUGAGAAAUAUCAUACUGAGUAAUAUGACUCUCACUUUGGUUGAUUUAUAUAUUACUCAUCCUCAUGGUAUCUUACAAGAUGUGUUAGUAAAUGUCGAUGGUCUAGUUUUUCCUGCAGAUUUUAUGGUAGUCAACAUGAAGGGAGACACGGGUGGUUCAAUUAUUCUCGGACGCCCAUUCUUGGCAACCAGGAAGGCAUUAAUAGAUGUGGAAAUCAGGGAACUUAGCUUGAAGUUCAAUAAGGAAAAAAUGGUGUUUAAUGUGUAUGAAUGGACACCGUAUGUAGAUGAUCUGGACACAUGCUACCAGAUUGAAGAAAAAGGUGGCAAGUUCAACAAAGGAAAGAAUAAAGGCUGA